GCGGUCCCGAGCGGCCAGUCGCGUGCCGCGGUAGCGAGAGCCGUCAGUUGCAGCGGAGCUGUGUGGCACGACGCAGCUAAGGUGACGCCCGGCGAGAUCGCGCCAGAGUUCACUCAGCCGCGACUGAGUUGUUUUGUGCGACGUCUGCACCGCCUUCGCACUGCGAUGGCAAACGUGGACCCGGCGUUCGCGUGUGUCAUUCCGGACACACCAGCGUUUUUAGUGUGGAGGGUGGAUGGAGAGGAGUUGGUUCCGGUCCCGGAGACGGAGCACGGCACCUUCUACCGCGGAGACGCCUAUCUGGUGUACUCCGCCUCUGAGCAGACCAUCUACGGAGGAGGGAGGGCGGUGAGAGGACCUCUCGCCGUGCAUAUCCACUUCUGGAUAGGAUCAAAGACCAAUGUCGAAGCAGCACGAGUGGCGGCUAGCAAAGCGGUGAAGCUGGACAGAUUUCUUGGAGGACGGCCCGUGCAGCACCGAGAAACUGAGCGCUUCGAGAGUCCACGCUUCCGCUCCUACUUUCGUUCUGCCUUGAGGUAUCUCGAGGGGAGCGCUUCUCAAUCGGAUGACUACAGUGCGAGGAUGUUCCUCAUUCGCGGAAAGAGGCGUCCUUUGAUCUACCAGUCUCCGGCGGUCGCCUGGGAGUAUCUGAACGACGGUGAUGCCUUCGUCAUCGUCACCGAACGCUUCGUGUUCGUUUGGUGCGGCCGCUCCGCCAACGGUCUCGAAAAGAUACAAGCGGUUCGGCUUGCUCAGGCUCUCCACUGUGGGCGAACGGUGGUCGUUGUUGCUAGUGGAGAAGAGGAUCGCAUUCCCGCCGCUGCCAAAGAGGUCUUCACGUCGCUGCUUCCACUAUCAAAGCGCGCAGUUCGCUCGGCUGAUGCUGACAGCGAGGAACGUCACUGGCCCGAUCGACGUCGUCCCGCUUCCGAGGUCGCCCUCUUUGUGGUUUCCGUCGAGGGAGACGAAGUCCGACCGCAGCUGGUGAAGACCGGAGAUCUCUCCCAGGGUGACCUUGUGCCAGAUGAUGUCUUCAUCGUCGACGUCGGCUAUGUCGUCUGGCUGUGGGUGGGGCGUCGUGCGCAACAAGAGGAACGAGCCGAGGGAGUCCGCUUUGCCGAGGAGUACAUGAAGCAAACCGGUCGUGCUCUGAACGUCCCACUCUGUCGGGUGGUGGAUGGAGGAGAACCGGCUGAAUUUCGGAGCCUCUUUGGCGUCUGGGUAGACUCUGAUGAAGCAGAGGAGGCAGCCGCUGCUGUACCAGCUCUGGGUCGAGUCGCCAAGACGGUUGCGGCCAAGUUUGACGCGGCAAUGUUGCACAACAACACCGCUCUGGCCGUGGAGACUCAACUGGUCGAUGACGGCAGCGGCCAGAAGAACGUUUGGCGUGUUCAGAAUGGCGAGGUAGUACCGCUAGACGAGAAUCGCCAUGGGGUCUUCCGGGCAAGUGACUGCUACGUCAUCCAGUACUGCUACCGUGUCGCAGGAAAGGAUCGUUUCCUGGUGUACUGCUGGCUCGGAGCAUGCAGCAACGCUGCAGAUCAAGAAGCUGCUGCGGUUCGAGCCAUCGAGCUAGACGGAAAACUCCGCGGGCGAGCGGUUCAGGCGCGUAUCGUUCAGGGCGAAGAGCCUCCUCAGUUCUUCGCCAUCUUAGGUGGAAAGAUCAUCAUCUACUCUGGGGAAGAGCCUGACGGAGACGCGGAACGGCUGCUGCUUCACGUUCGCAGUAAUCGUCGCCACGCCACCCGUGCUCUGGAAGUGGCCUGUCGCGCUUCGUCCCUCAACUCCAACGACGCGUUUGUUCUUCGCGACGGAGGACGCGUGUUUGUCUGGUGCGGGAAAAACUCUGUGUGUGAAGAGCGCGACGCAGCACGUAGCAUCGCCUUCGACUUCUGUAAGGACAGCGAGCCUCUGAUCAUUGAAGAAGGCGCUGAGCCGUCUGCAUUCUGGGAUGCAAUCAGCGGUCAUGAGGAGUUCGAUACCACACCAAGAGCGACCCACCAGGUCCGCAUGCCGGCGCGUCUGUUUCACUGCUCCGACGCAUCCGGAAAGCUGACGGUGGAAGAGGUGGCUGACUUUGACCAGUCAGACCUCUGUGAGGACGACGUCAUGCUUCUGGACGCCUGGGACGCCGUGUUCGUCUGGGUCUCAGUGCGUGCCAACCGCGCUGAACGCCGCCGCAGCGAGAGGGCUGCCCUGGAGUACCUCAGCCGCGACCCGGCAGGACGCGGGGAGAACAUCCCCGUCUAUCGAGUGCACCAGCAGGCGGAACCUCCCAUCUUCACGGGGUUCUUCCCUCACUGGGACCCCGAUUUCUGGGCGGCGCAGCCGAGCUGGCCGGUGGUGAAGCAGACAGUUACUUCGCCAACGGCCUCAGCCAAUGGGAGUGAUGAGAGCGAUAGCUGCACCACCCAGCGGCCAGAAAACACACCAGUGUUUCCCCUGGAGGCGCUGCAGUCGCGCCGGCCUCCCGAAGGUGUUGAUCCAUCACGCAGAGAGGACUUCCUCUCCGAUUCAGAUUUCUCAGCGGUCUUCGGCAUGACCAGAGAGGAGUUUCAGCGCCUGCCGCAGUGGAAGAAAAUGCAGAAGAAGAGGAAGGCUUCACUGUUCUAAAUUUGCGGUGGUGUAUUCUUUGGGAUGAGCUGUGCGAUGUAGCGAGAACACACGAGAGGGGUGAAAAUAUUGUUUUGAAAGUGCCCACCUGCUUUGUUGGAGUGCACUCAGAGGGAGAGAGAGAGAAUAACUCUUCACUCCUGUGUCUUGUUUGAUCUGGUGAUCAGCUGUGCUUUGUGCCAUAUUUUGCAUAUGCUACCGAAAAUCUAAAAAAAAGGCUAUUUGCAUAAUAAAUGAAGCUUGUGAGUUGUGA